AUGAUCCAUUCGAUUUCUUUAGCAAAAGCCGGGAAAUAUUGCGCCAUCUCGUAUUACUCGGGCAACCCCAAGGACACAGUGCCGGUCUGGAUCGAGGGCAUAAAGAUGAACAUAUUCUCCAAUCUCGCCAAAGGAAUCGAGAACGCUGCCAGCUUCUGGAAGAAAGGAUCACCGAACCAGCCUCUGCGACUCUGGGUCGACCAGAUUUGCAUCAAUCAGAGCGAUUUACCAGAAAAGUCGCACCAAGUCAACUUUAUGCGCGAGAUCUACCGGAGCGCUACACAUGUAUACGUGUCAAUGCCGGUGAAAAAGAACCUUCGCCCCGUUUUCGAAUGGCUGACGGGUCUUGCGGCGGCGAGGACGACGAAGGGGUACGAGCCAUCAUCAAACAUGCUUUACGAGAACCCGCCACCAGAGCCAAACCUCUCAGGAAGAUGGAGAGAUAGGGUAAAUCCAGAAUGGCCAGCAGAUUCCUGGGAAGACAUUUACCGUGUGAUCAAUCACUCUUGGUGGAGCCGCUCGUGGGUUUAUCAGGAAUUCAUUGUCGCCUCGGAUGUCUUCUUCCUAUUCUCUGACGAGGUAUCCAUGCCAUGGAGCCAGCUCCAUCCUAUCCUGUCUCUUUUCAUGGAACUGGAAACCGUCAACGCAUGCAAGGAGUCGCUGCAAAAACGGUAUCAGGCUGAUGACAUCAUGCAUCGGUACAGAAUCUUUGCCAGCAUCAAGCCCAUGAAAGACCAUCUUCGCAACGUAUUGAGGGCAGCCUUACUCGUCAACAGGGUAAUCGAGGGUAGAGAGCUAUGGGAAAGGCAAAAGCAUCAGAUCAACCUGUCUUAUCUUCUUCAGCACGCACGAAACACCGAGACCUCACAGCCAAAAGACAAGUUCUAUGCCUUUGUCGGACUGGCCAACCUCGAGAACGAAGUGCCAAUCCGGUACGAGCCAAGUUACAGCAUCCAGGCGGUGCUCAUCGACGUGGCUCGUGCGAUUGUGGUGCACGAGGACGCGGGCCUCGAUAUCUUGGCACAAGCAGGCACGGCGGCACACCGUCGAGACCUUCCCGAAGGCAAAGAUUCACUCCCGUCAUGGGUUCCAGACUGGGAUAAGCGGGAGGAUAUCGAGAGGCAAAAGUUCAUCGACGCCUUGGAGCUACCGUCCGCAUGCAGCGCAGGCACAAGUCAGAGCUCCAAAGCCACUCUGGACUUUUUGGAAGACAGACACGGGAAUGAGAGGAGAGUGCUCGUCGCUGCGGGAACCCAGGUUGAUAUUCUCGGAAGCGCCAUCGACAGAGGCCAUGACGGAUUCCUACCUUGGAAGUCCUUUUCAAGCUCGGACGGCCAAAGAGUGAUUACAACGACGAGUAUUGCGCACUUUGGGGAUGAGGUCUGGGUUCUUGACGGCAUGAGCUGGCCGGUCAUUUUACGAAGAAGUUCGGCUGACAAUUCCACUACGCUCCUUGCCAUCGCUAUGGUGCGUGAAAACGGCCAGCCUCAUCAGAUCAUGUUCGGAGACAAGAAUCUUUCAGGAGAGGCGGCUACGGUAGUAAUUGUAUGA